AUGAUGCGUGGUUUGUGUGCUCCUGUGCGACUUGUACCACGUCUCAGGGUCUCACGAUUGCAUCCGUUCGUGGCGCAACGAUCUUUGAUUGUGAUGAAUCAGCAGUAUGCGCUGUUGCAAAGUCGGGUGGUGAGUACUUACAAAGACACCGAGACAUCUCACCGUCGACAAUACAUCAGUCUCUACAACUAUACACCGCUGGAUAAGACGAAGCUGCCAAAGCUCCGUCGAGAAAUGAGCGAGCAAUGGGAGAAACUAGGUAUUGUGGGACGGAUUUACAUUGCGGAAGAAGGUAUCAAUGGCCAGUUGGUGGUGCCGGAACAAGUAGUGACUGUCUUCGAGCGGUCGUUCCCGCGCUUGCUCCGCGAUGCAAAGCUCUUUUACGGCCAGUUGAUCGAAGACAAGGCACUGCGUAACGCAAGUAAAGACGGAGUAAAACCAGCUGAGCCAUUCUGCAAGCUGGAUGUUCGUGUUCGCAAUCAGAUUCUGCAUGAUGGUUUCCAAGGUGGCGAGCUAAAUUUGCAGAACUCCGGUCGUUCGUUACCACCGGAGCAGUGGCAUCACAAGCUCAAGAUUAAAAACGACUUACAAGACUCAGACAUACUUGUGCUCGAUGUGCGCAACUUUUACGAACACGAGAUCGGACGCUUUGACGGAGCAACGAGGAUUAUGGUCGACACUUUCAGAGACACGUUCGAUGCGCUGGAUGAGAUUCUAGAACAACAUGCGAAAAAACAUGACGGACAGAAACCGAAAGAGAUCAUGAUGUACUGCACGGGAGGUAUUCGCUGCGAGAAGGUGGGCGCGUAUCUGACGCAGUACAAGGGUAUCUCAAAUGUGCAAAAGCUGCACGGCGGGAUCGUGAACUACGUGCAUUUCUUGAAGGAGCAGCGUCAAGCGGCAACGCGUGCGCGUGCUCGCUGUGUGAGUGUUGGUGCUGAUACGACGACCGAUGAUGACAAUGUCCAGGAGGUGAUGUCUCUGUUUAGAGGAAAGAACUUUGUCUUCGAUCAACGAUGUGUGGGCGACUUGACAGAGUCGGAGGAGGUAACAGACGAUGUACUGGGUCAGUGUUUCCAGUGCGCUGAGCCUUGCAAUCGUCAUACCAACUGCAGCAAUGUCAUGUGUCAUGGCCUGAUCUUGCAGUGUUUACAGUGUGCGAGAAGCAUGGUUGGGGCGUGUAGUCAAGCUUGCAUGCACGAAUUUGUCAAGAUGGAAUCGAUGACUCUGGAAGGUCAACGCAACUACAGGAAAGAGAACGCGUUGAAGUGGAAGCCCAAGAACCCGAACUCAGCGUCUGCACUAAAGUUUAUUAGAUAUAGGCCAGCUUCUCUCGAGUUAUUGACAAACGCAUAA